AUGCCGGGUUACGCCAAGUUCAUGAAACACUUGGUGACUAAAAAGAGAUUCAUGGACUGUGAGACCAUAAAAAUGACUCACCAAGUAAGUGCAAUUGUGCACUUGAUGGCUCCAAGGCUUGAAGAUCCCGACGCUUUCACCGUCCUGUGUACCAUUGGGAGCGCUAAUUUUGCAAAGGCAUUGUGCGAUAUGGGUCCAAGUAUCAUUUUGAUUCCUUACUCCGUGUUCAAAACUUUGUGUAUUGGGCAACUGAGAGCUACUUCAAUGAGGUUGCAAAUGGCGGAUAGAACUACAAAGAGACCGCUUGGUAUUGUAGAUGAUGUUCUUGUCCGGGUCAAUAAAGCAGCCCACAAUACUGAAGUGUGCUCUUUGGUGGAUCUUGUCACGACAGUGAUAGUUGAUGAUACAAGUGCAAUGAUCAGUGUGGAAGACCCUCUAGAAGAGGUAGAUGCCACAUUAGCGGUGCUCCAAAAACGGAAGAAGGCAAUUGGAUGGACUUUAGCUGAUAUGCGGGGGAUAAGUCCCGCCUUUUGCAUGCACAAGAUUAUUAUUGAGGAAGAUGCGAAGCCCUCUGUGGAAUAUUAG